GCCACUCGGCGGAUAGGGAGUGGGGACCUAAUGUCCAACGAUCUCUGACCAACCGUCGCUCGAUGUGCAGGCGCGCGCGCCAAUGAGCUCUCAGCUCUCCACCCUUCCUCUCUGAGGAAUGGAGAAAUGAGGGGAGGGAGGACAGUGAGUGGAGUCUCUUAUUAGUCCUCCCCUCGUAUGCCCCCCCAACCCCCGUCCCGCCGCCUGGGCUAGGUUCCCAUCUCACUGUUGUUGGGUAGGGAGGGGAGCCGGAGCGAGGGGGGAGCUACAGGGACUGUAUUUUGGGGAGGCGGGAUUUUAAUGUUGCUUUUAUUUUUUGUUUGUUUAAUGUUAUGGUUAACCCCCAAAUACGUCUCUGAACAAUAAAAUCCUGCCAGACACGGUGACCCCCCUCAUCCACACGCACACCCCAGGCGGGAGGCAGAGAGAGGGGUGGGGGGUGGCGAGCCCGUGAGAAAAUGGAGGGAACCUCCGGCUCUGCAGAGGAAGGGGAGCUGCCCCUCCUCACCGUCAAGCACGAGCUGAAGAACGCAAAUUUCACAGGUCAUGCAGAGAAGGUGGGCAUUGAAAACUUCGAACUCUUGAAAGUUCUUGGAACAGGAGACAAGGAAAGGAGUCGAAGCAGAGUGGAUUGGUGUUGGAGUAGAGAGCAGUUUGGAGGAGUUGAAGCAGAGUGGAUUGACGUUGGAGCAGAGAGCAGUUUGGAGGGAAGCAGAGGAGAGUUUGGAGAAGUGCUGCUGUGGGCUAAGAAGACCAAGACCCUAGCUUAUGGAAAAGUAUUUCUAGUGCGGAAAAUAAGUGGCCAUGAUAAUGGAAAGCUGUAUGCCAUGAAAGUAUUGAAAAAAGCAACAAUAAUUCAAAAAGCCAAAACAACAGAGCAUACAAGGACGGAACGACAAGUACUGGAACAUAUUAGGCAAUCACCAUUUUUGGUCACAUUGCACUAUGCUUUCCAGACAGACACAAAACUUCAUCUCAUUUUAGACUAUAUAAAUGGAGGAGAACUUUUUACUCACCUUUCUCAAAGAGAGAGAUUUACAGAAAAUGAGGUACAGAUAUACAUUGGAGAAAUUGUACUGGCUCUUGAACACCUGCACAAGUUGGGCAUUAUAUAUCGAGAUAUAAAACUUGAGAAUAUUCUACUUGAUUCUAAUGGCCAUGUUGUGCUGACAGACUUUGGUCUGAGUAAGGAGUUUCUUACAGAUGAAAAUGAGAGAGCAUAUUCCUUUUGCGGAACUAUAGAAUACAUGGCUCCAGAUAUUGUCAGAGGAGGAGACACAGGACAUGACAAGGCUGUUGAUUGGUGGAGUCUUGGUGUUCUUAUGUAUGAGUUAUUAACUGGAGCAUCGCCUUUUACAGUUGAUGGAGAAAAAAAUUCCCAAGCUGAGAUUUCUAGGAGAAUAUUAAAAAGUGAACCUCCAUAUCCCCAAGAAAUGAGUGCUUUAGCUAAAGAUGUAAUUCAGCGUCUUUUGGUGAAAGAUCCCAAGAAAAGGCUGGGCUGUGGUCCAGGUGGUGCUGGUGAAAUCAGACAACAUCCCUUCUUCCAGAAAAUAAACUGGGAUGAUUUAGCUGCCAAAAAAAUACCAGCUCCGUUUAAACCUGUAAUCCGGGAUGAGUUGGAUGUUAGUAACUUUGCAGAGGAGUUUACGGAAAUGGAUCCCACAUACUCUCCUGCAGCCACACCACAGACUUCAGAGAGAAUAUUUCAGGGAUAUUCUUUUGUUGCUCCUUCUAUCUUGUUCAAGCGCAAUGCAGCCACAGUAGAUCCUGUUCAAUUUCAUAUGGGAGUUGAAAGACCUGGAGUUACAACUAUUGCCAGAAGUGCUAUGAUGAAGGACUCUCCAUUUUAUCAUCACUAUGAACUGGAUCUGAAAGAGAAACCACUGGGAGAAGGAAGUUUUUCCAUCUGUCGGAAGUGUUUACACAAGAAAACUAGCCAAGAAUAUGCAGUAAAAAUAAUUAGCAAAAGAAUGGAAGCCAACACCCAGAAGGAAAUAACGGCUUUGAAACUCUGUGAAGGACACCCCAAUGUAGUGAAGUUGCAUGAAGUUUAUCAUGAUCAGCUUCACACAUUUCUAGUAAUGGAACUGCUGAAGGGAGGAGAAUUGCUUGAACGCAUUCAGAAAAAGAAACACUUCAGUGAGACAGAAGCCAGUUAUAUCAUGCGCAAACUUGUUUCAGCUGUGAGCCACAUGCAUGAUGUAGGAGUAGUCCAUAGAGAUCUGAAACCUGAGAAUUUAUUGUUCACAGAUGAAAAUGAUAAUUCAGAAAUAAAAAUAAUUGAUUUUGGCUUUGCUCGGUUAAAACCACCUGAUAAUCAGCCUCUUAAGACUCCAUGUUUUACUCUUCAUUAUGCUGCUCCAGAGCUCUUGAAUCACAAUGGUUAUGAUGAAUCCUGUGAUCUCUGGAGUUUGGGGGUCAUUUUGUAUACAAUGCUGUCAGGACAGGUACCCUUCCAGUCUCAAGACAAAGGUUUAACAUGCACCAGUGCAUUGGAAAUUAUGAAGAAAAUUAAAAAGGGAGAAUUCUCCUUUGAAAGAGAAGCCUGGAAGAAUGUAUCUCAAGAAGCCAAAGAUUUGAUACAAGGACUUCUUACAGUGGAUCCAAAUAAAAGAAUUAAAAUGUCCAGCUUGAGAUACAGUGAAUGGCUUCAAGAUGGGAGCCAGCUGUCAUCCAAUCCUCUAAUGACUCCUGAUAACUUAGGCUCUUCAGGAGCUGCUGUACAUACAUACGUCAAAGCAACCUUUCAUGCCUUUAACAAGUACAAAAGAGAAGGAUUUUGCCUCCAGAAUGUUGACAAGGCACCUCUUGCUAAAAGAAGGAAGAUGAAAAAGACUAGUACAAGCACAGAGACACGUAGCAGUUCCAGUGAAAGUUCACAUUCUUCCUCCUCUCAUUCUCAUGGUAAAACUACACCAACAAAAACCCUGCAGCCAACAAAUCCUGCAGACAGCAAUAACCCAGAAACCAUCUUCCAGUUCUCUGACUGAAAAUCAGAGAAAUAUCCUCUCUUGAACAAUUAAGAGGUGAUAUGCCUGGUAAUAGCUGUUCCUCCUUGGAACAGAGGGAUUACCGGGAUAUAUAUGUUCAUUGCUUUGAACAACUUGUUUCAGUUCUGCCUUUUUAGCUUUUUGUUUCAAGACAUUUGGUUUUAGUCCUAGUUCAGAAUCACUGGAUGUGGUAUAAUAUUGUGAAUACAACCAACAUUGAACUCGCUUAGGGCUGGAUUGGUGUGCAGUCUAGUCCUGAGUAAAGGGUAAUUACAUUGUUGUUCUAUCCCUGGAGGAAGAGUGUGACUGAGAGGCAUAAUCUACUUUCAGUUUCCCCACUGCUCCAGGGAGGGAAUAUACUGUAAAAGGCAAUAUGUACUCCCUGAAACGCUUUGCCACGAGGCAUGUUGUGGGGAGCAGAGUCAAGACUUCUCCUGCCCAACUGCAUAAGGAGGGUCAUAGCAGCUCUGGUUCCCUCUGCACACAAGUAAUGGCGGUACAGUGCACUAAAGCAAGAGGCCAUCUUACGUCACUUCUAACUCCCUUGUGUUGGUGCAUAGGAUGGGCCGGAAUCUGGACCUUGUUUUGGAAUUUAAGAACAGAACUGAACAUAAAAGGAGUACCAUUAUGCUGUUUUACAAAUGUAAUCCUUAAAUUUGGUUUUAUGCUACUCAGAAUAUAACAGUCUUAGAUCCCUUUGCAUCGAGAUAAUAUAUGGCUGGCAAGAUGAGAUUGCUUUGCACUGUAAUGCUAUUGUUUAUUUGUAUUUCUAGAAAAUAUAAAUUUUUAAAAAACUUUUCAAACUCCAGAACCCAAUGAUAUACCAGAGAAAGGAGUUGAAAUUUAGUACUGAACACUUUUUAAAAAAUGGUCAUGUGUUCAAAUGUCUAUUUCAAGGAACAGCUAUAAUGUAUUUGUUUAUCUUUUAUAUUUAUAGGAUAACUUUAAGAUACAAAGAUUAAUGUUUUUUCUAAAAGAUGCAGAAACUCCAAAUUCCAUCUUUGUUAUCAUGAGAUCCAUACUAAAUGCAUGCCAACCUAUGUUUUUAAUUUUGCAUUGCACAAACAUGGCAGUUAUCGUAGAAUAUCGUAAAAUAUUCAAUUAUAUUUCUCUUGUUUGCGCUUUAUAAAACAUCUGAAUG